UGGAUGAAACUGUAAAUGUUGUGUUCAGUUUACUAAUGGUUCUCUGAAAGAUUGGUUGAUCGUUCACGCAGAGAAAUCUGUGAAAGUGUCUCUGUUUAUCUCAUUGUAAUCGCAUUCGAGUCUUCUUACAGAGGGAAAGCAUUCUGUACAACAUAACCUCGAUCGUUUAAUAAAGAUGUCUCAUAAUCAUAUGGCACAUAUGAUGAAUGUAUCGAGCGAGCAUACAGCUCACGAUACUCACGCAUCUUAUCAAGCUAUGGAUCAUUCAAAUAUGCAUCACAGUUCUAUGGAUCAUGUUAGUGAAAAUCAUGGGAGUAUGGAAACGAAUGUCAAUCUGCACGGGUUGCAUGGUAUGUCGAUGACAUUCCACGGAGGAUAUUCUGAAAAUGUAUUAUUCGAAUCGUGGAAAAUCUCAUCGAUUAGUGGUCUUAUAGGAUCGAUGAUCGGUAUUAUGAUCAUGGCCGCACUUUACGAAGGAUUGAAGUAUUACCGAGAAUACCUCUUUUGGAAAAUGUACAAUUCCCUUCAAUAUAGAAGCGUCACGAUGCCACAAGAAAAAAACGUUGUAGCCGAGGAUAACAGAGUGGUCCAUAUGGUCGGAGAAGUAAUUCACAAACAGCCGCCCACAAUGUUGUCAUGGAUGCACACGUUUCAAACAUUCUUACACAUUGUGCAAAUUGUGCUCUCAUAUUUCCUUAUGCUGAUCUUCAUGACUUACAAUGUCUGGUUAUGUUUUGCUGUAGUAUUUGGUGCAGCAAUUGGUUAUUUUUUAUUUGGGUGGAAGAAAUCUGUUAUUGUGGAUGUUACAGAACAUUGUCAUUAGUUCUUUAUGUAUUUAAAAUACAUUUUGUUUUUACAACAAAAAUGUACAUCAAUGUACAU